UCUCUGAAGUUAGUUCGGUGUGCCACCAUUGAUGGAAGGCUACGGAAGGGAGAACAGUGAAAAAGUGUCUGCUAAAAUAAUGUCAAAAGGCUUCUGAGAAGAAAUAUUUCAUUUAAUAUUUGUGUGAUUAUUAGUACACUUUUAAGGAAGAUUUUAUUUGGUGAAUUUUGAUUGAUAUUAUUUUCGAGAAAGGAAAAAACUGGAAACCGGCUAGUCGUGUUCCCGGUCUUGACACUGCAACUUGCCGACGUGGACGAUAAGCGUGUAAGGUUUCGAUGGAUAGACAGAAAACAGACAGUUUUCUCUGAGUUUAACGUCACGGCAUAAGUUUUUACUUCAUUAUUUGUGUAAUAUUUCGGAUAAUUUUAAGUUUAUUAGUUAAUAACUUGUUCUACGUAAUUAAAAAGGGGCGUGGUGUUUGUUCAUGCACUUGUUCUCAAUCAGGUGUUUCAUUCUGCAUUGCCCCCUUCUACCUCAGAACUGAAUAUAAACAUGGAUCCGCAUGUGGUUUUAAUAGGAGUGACAGUUUUCAUAGUGUCAGCAAUUUUAAUUUAUUUGAUAUCUGUCUUCGGUAUAAAAGAGAAGUCAUAUGAAGAAGCUAUAGCUGAGCAGAAGAAGAGGUUUGAAGAGGAGCAGGAGAAGGCACGAAGAGACAAGAAAGCAGGGAAGGAGAAAAAGGAAAAGAAAGGGGGUAAAACAAAGAAAGACAAACCGAAAGAGAAAGUAGAUGAAGUCCCAAAGGAGACUAAGGAAGUCCCAAAGGAACAUAAGAUGGUCAAUUUGGAAAUUGAGGCAGAGAUCAUUGAACCUAUUGAUGUACCACUGGAGACGUCCAAGUCACUCCCAAACCUGAAGCAGAGGAAGCAUCCAUCAAAAUCUAUUUUAGCCAAUAAGGAUGAAAAACCACUGAUAGCCAAGGAAACAGUGGAAGUUCCACAUUUUAAGCCACCCCCAAAAGAUGAACUGGAUUUAAAACAUAAACAUGAAAGAGAGGGCAAGAGGAAAGAUAGCAAGACAGAGAAGCCAGAAAGUCCAAAGUCUGGUAAGAAACAGAAGCCAGUAGAAGAGGAUUUUGUUGUGGAACAUGUGUCAAAGGUCACAGCUGCUGCAACAGAAAGCAAACAAAAGAGAUCAAAGCUUGUCCAAGAACCAUUGAUUGAUGCCUCCGACCUGAUAAUGUCUGUAAGAACAGCACAGCUAGGGGACCAGGAUACCCAGACCCUUAUUGAUAUCCUCCUUAACAAGCAAGGAGGGGGAGGAGGGGGAAGUAUCUCCACAGAGUGGAACAAGAAAAGUCAGAAGGGGGAUCCUAUUGUUUUGUUGAGGAGGCAGUUGGAGGAGAAAGAGAGGGCUCUUCAGGAAGAGCAAAACCUUGCCAUGUCUAAUGCAAACAAAAUUAAGGAAAUUCGACAAGAGUUGGCCCAUGAGAAGACUCGAUUCACAAACUUGGAACAGCAGUACCAGGAGAAGAUAACGGCCCAGACCCAGGAAAUUCAAGCACUUCAUGCCCGUAUGCAGUCAACACACGAGAGUCACCUGAUAGAGAACAGCAGGAUGCAGGCUCACAUCAACAAACUAGAGCAACAGGCCCAGAACCAGGGCCAACUACAGCAGUUAAAGGAGGAAAACAGAAAGCUAAAGGAGUCAUAUGAGAAAAUAAAAGCUGAAGCAAUCCCACCUGCAGAAUUUAACAGCCUUCGUCAGAAAGUUUCUAUCAUGGAAAAUGAAUUGUCUAACAAUGUGAUCAAGCUUAACUCGGCAGAGAAGGCCAAAAAUGCUGCAAUGUCUAAAUGUUCCAAGCUGGAGGAAGAGAUUAAAAAACUCAAAGGAACAGAGAGUGACUCGGAGGGAAUGUGGACCAAGAGGUUGGAGGAGGUCAAUCAACAGCUGCGUAAGAGUGAGAAUGAGAAGAAGACACUGGCUGAUAGACUCAAGACAGCCGAGAAGGACUGUGCCGGGGUCAAGGCCAGACUGCAGGAACUCGAGAAGGCCUUAAAUGGAAAUGAUGCCAGCUCUAAGGAAUUGGAAGAAAAACUCAAGACAACUGAGACAGCCAAGGCUUCUGUUGAGUCCUCGCUAAAGACAACAGAGAAGAAGCUGCAAGAGAUAGAGAACCAGAAAAAUAACUUUCAACAGGAACUGGAGAACUUGAAGAUGGAAAAUAAGAAGCUGUUAGAGGAAGCUAAGGUUAUUCGAGAGCGACCACUGGGUGAUGGACAGGAAGCCCCUAAAGCCAAACCAAAUGGUGACAUUCUCAGUGAGGAGAAGGCUGUACAGGAAUAUAAAGAUGCCAUGGAGGAAUACAAGAAAACGGUUGCAGAAAAAGAUAAGACUAUUCAAAGUUUACAGAGUGAUGUUGAUAUCCAGAAAAAAGAGGCAGCAAAAUUACUGGAACAGGUUGAAGCUCAGAAGAAAAAGAAUAAUGAAUUGAGAGAAAAGAAUUGGAAAGCUAUGGAUGCUUUAGAAAAGGCCGAAAAAUCAGCCUCAGAUAAAAUUACACGUGUUGAAAAAGAAGUUAAGGAGCAGAGCACAGUGGCGGUUACAGAGACAGAGAAAUAUGAUAAAAAUAUACUACAGAGGUUGUUCCCCGAGAUUUCUGUCAGUGAUAAAAUGAGUCACAAAGAUUGGAUGAACAGCUUUGAAAAGGAAGCUGCAGUUCAAAUAAAGGCAGCCUUAGAGAAAAAAGAUGAUAGUGCCAAAUUAAAAGAAUUAGAAGACAGCAAGAACUCAUUGCAGAUGCAAGUUACAGACCUAAAGAAAAAGGUUUCAGAAAGUGCCAAAUUGGAAGCUAGAGUGAAAGAAUUAGAGAGUCAGAAUACACAACUACAGAAGCAAUUAGGUGACAGCAAAACAGAGUCUUCUUCACAGAUUACAGCUGCACAGAAUCUAGUUAAAGACUUACAAGAACAAGUUAAACAGCUAGAAAAAGAAAAUAAGGAGUAUAAGUCUAAACUGGACCAGAGCAGCAGCAAUGACUCCCAGGUUCAGGAGCUUGAGGAGGCCAACAGGAAACUCCAGAAACAGGUGGAGGAUUACUUAGCUGUUCUACAGACCACUGAGACUAAACUGCAGCAGCUGGAGAACAGUGUAGAGGGGGAGGAGAGAAAGUGGCAGGAUAAAGCAGAGGCCCUCACUGUAGAGUUAAAACAGGCAAAAGAUGAAAUUGCAUCUUUGAAACAAGAUGUAGAUAAAUACAAAAACAGUGAAGAGAUGAAAGCCAAAGUUUUAACCUUAGAGGAACAAUUGAAAAUUUCAGAAGAUAAAUGUUCACAGCUUCAAGAUGAAGUGAAUGAGGCUGAAACACGAAUCUCAUCUCUACAGAGUUCAAUACAGCAAUCAAACACAGCUGACCUCACAAAGGAAUUACAGGACUUGAAGAGUCAGUUAGAUGCUGAGAUGAAGAAAAGUAAGGACCUUGCCUCACAGGUUGUUAGAUUGAAUGGCAUUAUCAAAACGGGACAAGACGCCAUCCAGCAGGAGCAGGAGCUAGUCACCAAACUGAAGCAACAACUAGAGGAGAGGGAAAAGAGCCCUGGGACCAACUCUAAUUCAACUGUGUCAGAGCUAAAGGUCAAACUAGAUGAAAAAGAAAAACAAUUAGAAAAAGAAAUCACCUUAAACAAACAGUUGUCACAAAGACUGACACAAGAUUCAUCCUAGCUGCUGUCUACAGGGACAGUUAGGUAUAAUGGCCAAAUCUCCGAGUGAUAGUGGAACGUCAGUGUGAUCCUACAGGAAACAAGAGUGAUGGAAGCAGCAGGGAAAACAAUGACCAGACUUCUCUUUUUAGUGUAUAUAUACAGAUCAUGUCAGUUAUAAAUCAGAAAUAAUACAAGACAGAAGACAACUAUGUCACCAAUUUAAAGGAGAAAGUGUGUAGGAUAUCGGGCUUUGGUUAUGGGCACAGGCUAGUUUCAUUUUCACUCAGUGCUACAUGUUAUCAUUUCAAAGCAGCAGUCUUGGUUUACACAUCAUCAGUUUGUUUCACAUUUAGGUUGUCUUUCACAAUUUAAAAUUUUUUUUUUUUGGUAUUGGCACAUUUUUGAAGUGCAGCAUACCAGCUCUAAAGUCUUGUGAUAAUCAAGUUAUGAUUGACUAUAAGAAUGUACUCGGCACUAGAUAAUCAUUGUGUAGACUAGUGAGCUUAUUUUACAGUGUAUUUACCCCCCCCCCCCCCCCCCCCCCCCCCCAGUGUGUCGCAGACUUAUGUUGCCGUGUCUAGAAUAGGUUGCCAGAUUUUAUUAUCACGGUAUCAGACAAUUAUUUCUAUUUCAUGUAAGUCAUAAAACCCAUGACAGAUAUCAAUGCAUUGAUAUAUUGUUUCAGUAAAAAUUAAUCCAACACAGUGUGAUGCUUUAUAAAGUAACUGUACAUCCAUAUACAUGUAGAGGCUUCAUUAUGAAACACGUUUUUAUAAAGAGUAAUUUUAAUUUUUGUUGUUGAAUUAAUGAAUUAAUUUCAUGUAUAUAUAUAUUGUUUAAAUUCAAUAUUUAAGAUACAACUUAAACCAUCAAAUGGUAUGUAAUUGAUCAAUAAUUAUUUAAUUAUUUCUCUGUUGGGCUAGUGGUGGUAUAGACGUGGAUGGUUGUCGUAUGUUUGAAUCUUACCCUAAGCAGUAGGAAAUUGACACUUUGUCUAUCUGUCUCUGGGUUUGUCUCCAUAUUUACCUCAUAUACUUAUCAAUUGUCAGUAAUCAAAUGUGUAGUCCCAAACCCAGUACGAAUAAGAUCAUCCCUCGGCAAAAUGUUGGUGCUAGGAUUUUUUUAAAGUACAUGUAAUAUUUUUGAGUAUUUGAUAAUUCACACAUUUUUUGUUGAUAUGCACCCUCAUUAUAUAAGAAUUUCUUUGACAAUAUCAGUCCAUUGUUUAUAGUUCAUUAAUUCUAGUAAUUAGCAUAUUUAAUAUCAAAGAUAUUUAGACAAGAAUCUGGGACCAGGUUUUAGAAUUUAGUCAUGAAAAUAUCAAAAUAUUAGGACUAUAGGAUCCUGUGUACUAAGCAUGUGUCCACAUAUGGAACAGUAUUUUAUUGUGUGAGAGGGUAAAAAUGGAAUGGUUACAGACAUAUGUAUGAUAUGUUGGAAUUAAUUGUGAUUUGUUAUACUUUAUAAAGCAUGUUGUUGCUUGCGAGUAGUUUGCCACAGGCUAUAAAUUAUCAAUAUGAAUUAGCUACACAUCUUUAUACAUAUUAUGUGUAUAUCCAUAGAUCACGGACAUUCAGCCUAGUCAUAUUUGUUUACUUAAUAUAUAUAUUCUGUUUUGUCACAACAAGAUCUAAGAGUCACCAGUUAUAACUUCUUGGAGGACAUUUUACAUAGGUCUGUUGUGCUGAAUCUGCUUGUUAUGAUGAUAACGGAUGACUUAGUUUUAGGGUGACUGUUAAUGAUAAAUUGUGUCGGAAUUUGACUAUAUUAUGACACAGGGUAUUGUCAGAUUAUGAUGAUAUCUUACCAGCAAUAUGUACCCAAUCUGUCAAUAAAUCUAUAUCCAGCUGA